AUGGAGUUAAAGCAGCUGCCGAGUCUGGUAGGGUUACCAGAGUCGAUAGGGCACCUGGGGGGUCUGCGAGUGUUGGAGGUGGAGGGGUGCGAUGCGUUGCGGGAGGUGCCUGAGUCCUGGGCGCAUCUGUCGGGGCUGGAGCGGCUGUGCGUGAAUGGCGCCCGGCAUUUGACCACCCUGCCGCCCUUCCGCGUUGCGUCCUCUGCGUUGGGUCUUGGUGGCGGGAACGCUGGCGGGUUGAGGGCGGGAGGUUCGGGUGGAUUCGGUUGGUUGGAGCGGCGUGAGCGGCAUAGGUCACUGGAUGAGCUGUCUCUUGAAGAUGCUUCGACUUCUGCAGGUGCUGCUGCUGAUGCUCAUGCUGAUGCUGCUCAUGCAUCAGCUGUCAGCACGCUGUUUGGCCUUACUGCGCCCGCAGCCCCCAACACCAAUACACCCAGCAACACAACCAGGUCACCUUCUUAUGCUGCUGCUGCUGCUGCUGCUGCUGCUGCUGCUGCUGCUGCUGCUGCUGCUGCUGCUGCUGCUGCUGCUGCUGCCGCUGCUGCUGCUGCUGCUGCUCCAGGGCCGUACUCUUUCCACGACCCAACCCUCCCUCUCACCAACCCUCCACACCUCUCCGCCACCCUUUCCUCUCUCCGUUUCCUGGAAAUUUCCGACUGUGCUUCGCUCAUUUCCCUGCCCGAAGACCUCGGGCAGCUUCCUGCCCUUGACACGCUGCUCCUGCUCAAGCUCCCGUCCCUCGAACGCCUGCCCGACUCACUCGGGCAGCUGCCCGCGCUGAAAGUUUUUGGCCUAUCGCUCUGCCCGCGCCUGGAAGAGCUGCCCGUUUCCAUGGCGAACCUGCCCGUGCUACAGUGCCUGGUGAUACACGACUGCUGGCGAUUGGCUUCCCUCCCCCCCAACGCCCUGAAGCAGUGGGAAACCCUAACGGAGCUGAUUGUAGCGGAUUGCCCUGCUCUAGACGACCUUGGGUUUGGGCUGGAGGGAGCAGAGGGGGAGAGGGAGGGGGGGAGGAAGAGGCGGAGGUGGGCUGGUGCGGGAUGGAGGAGAGUGAGAGGGGGAGGGAUGGAGGGAGCGGGGCGAGGGGAGGGGAGUGGGAUGGGGAGGAGGAGGGUGGGGAAAGCAGCGAUAGAUGAUGAUGACGAUGAAUUUGAGGGAGAUUCUUCAGACGAGGAGGAUGACGAGAGUUACGUGAGUGACGAGGAGGAAGAGGAGGAGAGUGAGACUGAUGAUGGGGAUGAGGACGAGGGCAAUGGAUCAGAGGACGAAGAGGAGACGUGGGACGAUGACUCUCCCGUGCACUUCCCCUUCCCUACCACCACAUCCACAUCCACAGCCACCGCAUCGUCCUUCCGACCCCCACACAUCCCAUCAUCUUCCGCAUCACCAUCAUCAGCAGCAUCGUGCAGGCCGGCACGCCAUCUCCACCACUACGAGAGGGUGCUCUCGCGCCUCUCCCACCUGCAUUACCUCGAGGGAUGGCUGUCCGGCAGCCCGCCUCUGCUCGCCUACUUUGAAAACUCCUUCCCCCACGGCCUCUACUCCUCCCUGCGCCUCUCUGCCGCUCCUGGGCCGUCCCCUGCGUCCUUCAAUCUUCCUCCUCCGUCGUCCAGCCCGUCAGCUGCUUGCAACCCUCUGCUGUCUGGCAUCCCCCCACCUCCGCCUGCCUCUGCUUCGCUUGCCACCACCACCGCCACUACUGCCGCUGGGGCAGCUACUAGAACCACCAACCGAGUCUUGGGCGGCGCACUCCCCCGUCUGCACAUUCUCGUGGUGGACGGCUGCGGUUUGGACUAUCUGCCGCCCGGUCUGCUGCAGCUGCCCGAGGUGAAGGCGAUUGGAUUCUGCGGGCGGCACGGCGUGGGGUUUAGGGACAAGCAGGCGCCGGGGAGGGAGGGGUUUUCCCAUCACGCGUGUGGCACACCGCAAACCCCUUCAGAGCAGCCGCUGAUUGGUCCGCACUUGACGAGUCCUGAUCUGUUCCGUGGAAUAAAGGAGAGUCCUGACCUGUUCCGUGGAAUAAAGGUGGCGAGGCUGCUGGUAGCAGCGCCCUUCCUGCUGGCGUUCCUACUCGCCUCGCUCACCUCCCCGGUGCUCAUACCCGUCUUCCUCCUAGCCGCUGCGGCCGUGCUCUUUGCCUCCCUGCUCGCCUCCUGGGUGCGGUCCAGGGAUGAUGGAGGGAACACCCUCAGACAGGUGACAGCAGCCGUCCAAAGAGGGGCCUCAACUCUCCGAGCAGCGGUGACAGCAGCAGCAGCCAAGGCGGUGCUAGUGGCCACCAUGCUGGUGGCGCUCAUCCACCUCUCCCACCAGCUCUCACCUCAGCAGGAGGCCACCGGGGUGCACCGCUCCCUGCUCGCCUUUGUCUCGCUGCUCUCCUUCCUCCUGGGAGGCUCCUGCAUGGCUCUUGCAGCGCACGCUGCAGUGUGGGUGUCCGUGCCUGCUGCUGCCAGGAUUGCUGCUGCUGCCAGGCGAUCCCCCCAAGAGGCCCUUCAGGUGGCGAUUCGUGCAGCGGGAGCAGCAGCGCUGGUGGUGGCGGCGGUGCCGGUGGUGGGGAUGGGCAUCAACUACAGCGCCCUGCUCGCCUUCUUCCACAUGCACCUCGCCCCGCUCCCCGCCUCCCUCGCUGCACAAAAACGAAGAGGCCUCUCCGCCACUGCUGCCUCGGCCGCUACUGCGGGUUCGGCUAUGGCUUCAGCAGGCCUUAAGCCCACUGAUUUGCCGGCAUUGCUUGUCUGCUUCUGUUUCGGGGCGGCAGUGGUGUCUCUCUUCUACCACCUCCCGCCGUCCAUCUUCUCCCGCUCCCUGGCUCUGGGCCACAAGCUUAUAUCGAGGAUGGACAGAAGCGCAUCUGAGGCGGCAGGAGGGGGCGCCAAUGUUGUUGCUGUUGCUGACAUGGUGGGGGUGGGCAUGGCGAGGGGGGCAGCGAGGGCGUGUGAGGCGUUCUGCCUGGCUGCAGCGGAGGCAGUGGCAUCGAUGGUGCUGGGGGCGCAUGUGGCACAGCACUGCGCCAUCGACAACCCAACAGGGUUCAUCCUUCUGCCCCUCGUGGUGCUCUCUCUCGACCUCCUCACAUCAGCCGCAGCCAUACUCUCCGUCUCUGCUGCUGCUGGCUCCUCCCGCCUCCCUCACUCUCUCCCCGUCGACUCCUCUUCCUCUUACUCCUCCUCCUCCUCCCCCUUCUCCUCGCACUCGCCGCUCUUCCGCUCCUCUCCCCGCUCGCCCAUGGUGCGGGGAUCAGUGCUGCCCACAGCAGCAGAGGAGGUGGUGGGGUGUAUAUUCAACGGAUACGCGCUCUCGCUUGUGCUCGCUGUCUCAUCAUUCGCCCUGGCGACCAGGUGGUUGCUAUUCACGGAGCAGGCCCCUCUAGCCUGGCUGCACUUCUUCUUCUGCGCCCUCCUCGGAAUGCUCUCCUCCAUCCUCCUCCUCCUCUCCUCCUCCCUCCUCUCCGCCCCGCACCUCCCCCCCGUCCGCUCCCUCGCAAUCGCCUCCUCCUCCGGCCACGCAUCCAACAUCUCCUCCGGCCUCGCCCUCGGGAUUGCCGCCGCCGCGCCGCCAGCUGUCAUCGUGGGAUUGGCCGUGGCGGCGGCGGUGUGGCUGGGGCGGAAUUCGGGGCUGGUGGAUGGGAAGGGGGAGCCGGCAGGGGGGCUGCUGGGCCUGGCUGUGGCGGUGAUGGGCAUGCUCAGCAGCGGGUGCUUCUCCCUCACCACGGAUCUGUUUCAGCUGGCUGUUUCGCAUGCCGGCCUGCUUUGUAAAAUGAUGGCACAGGUGAGUCGGGGACACGAGGUCAACCAAAGGGGGUGGUGGAUGGGAAAAGAGGGAGUUGCUGGUGAGGGAGUGGGGGUUUACUCUGCUGGGGCUGGCUACGGAGGCGGCAUGUCUUCAGACCAUAUGGCAGCAGCAGGAGGAUCACCGCAUCUGUUGCAACAACAAGUAUCCUCAGACGCAGCUGCAGCAACGGGAGGGGUAGGUGGAGGGGUAGCGACAGGAGAGAUGGCAGCAGGAGGGUUUGCAGCAGCAGGCAGCACAGGGGACUCCUCAUCCUCGUUACACACAGCACUGCACAAUAUUGACCUGCUGCGGCCAGAGCUGCUAGUGGCGUGCAUGGUGGGGGCGGCAGUGGUGGUGGGAGGCGUGGCGAUGGCAGGUUCUGGGGUGACGCGGUGCACGGCCAUUGUUUUGCGAGAGGGACGCAGACACCUGCACCACCGAGCCGAGGAGAAGCAGGCAUACCCGAGGGCGCCCAUGGUACUGAAUGACCCAUCUCGCUUCGUGGGUGCAGUGGCGGCUGUGAGCCUCAGGGAGCUGCUGCUGCCAGGCCUGCUCGCUGUCGCUGCUCCAAUCGCCAUGGGCAUCAUAGUGCGGUCAGUAGGCAAAGCCACCCUCCAGCCUCUCUUGGGAGCACGGGCGGUGGCGGCGCUGCUUCUAGUCGCGGUGCUGGUGACGCUGCUCCUGGCAGCGCUCUUCAACGGGGCUGGCAGUGCGUGGAGGGGCGCCAGGGAUGUGGUGGAAGCAGGGCACUUGGGAGGGCCGGGGAGUGAAGCACACAAAGCCACCAUCACUGGCGACACGGUUGGUGGUACUCUGCGGGAGACGCUAGCACCCACACUUCACAUCCUGCUCAACCUGCUUGCUACAGCUGCUCUAGCGGCUGCUCCCCUGUUCUUUGAACACUAA